AUGAGGUGGACAACGAUUGACGCCUUCCUUUCAACCGUCUUAAGUUCUCCAUGGCUCACCUGCCACCCUCCCGAUCACGUGAUCUACUCACGAUGGUUGAGUCACGUAGUGGUGAAUGCAGAAGAAAUCUGUCUAGACAAUCACGAGAUGUUUUUUAGUGCAGUUGUCGGACCCUAUCUUCAUCUCUGUGGGCACGAUUUCGCUGGUUAUGGUGUCACUUGGCGUCGCGGAGUGGUCUUCAGCAAUGCAGCCGUCCAACUCACCUCCAAUUAUCCUCGUGUCCUGCCUCACCAUCCUUUUCCUCGUCGACGAAAAGCCUAUUCCUCCACCUUUACUAACAGUGGUGUCGGCGGUGCCAGUAGUGGUGACGGAGGAAGUGGAAGUGGCGGUGGUGCUGAACGUGAAUCUACUGCUGGUGGAGACCUCUUCGCGGGAACGUCAGCGCCCUCCAAGGUCACCGAGCACGGGGACCCCUUGGGGGUGACUGGGGAGAUCACUACACUGCCCCCACGCAUUCCUCGUUUUACCGACUUUGGUGUUCGACCACGACGGUGGCGUAGACGUCUCUCUAGCCUCCUAAGCCGCCUCUCCCUCCUUAGUACUCACUCUCUCACUGAUAGUGCGCAGCCUACCUCGACGGUGCUGGACCCAUACUACAGUGUUGGAUGUAAAUCCAGUCGCAUUCGACCAACACCUAGCUCCUUGGCAGCUCUACGAUCGGGUGAUGGGGAUUUUGUGGUGGAUCCGACCCUCAGUGUCUUCGGUAGUUGUGGUGGAAGUAGAGGUGGGAGUAGGAGUGAGUAUGUGGGUCGGAGGAAUCCACUUGUGUUUGACGUCUACGUUGUGAUUGAGGAGGGUGUGAAUGACCGCGAGGUACUGCCUGACUACUCAAAGAGCACGAUUUCUCACCAGGAAACAUCUGGCCGCCAGAGUUCUCAGUCACUGCGAAGGAAUAAUGCGUGCUGCAUACAGUAG